UGGGGCUGAGGGGCCCCGCGGGUAGCAGGGGCUCCCGGCGGGGGCGGCGGGGGGUCGGGAGGGCCUGGACAUGGCGCUGAGCGGCCGCCCCGCGGGAAGAUGAACAAGGGCUGGCUGGAGCUAGAGAGCGAUCCGGGCCUCUUCACCCUCCUGGUGGAAGAUUUCGGUGUCAAAGGGGUGCAGGUAGAGGAGAUCUAUGACCUUCAGAGCAAAUGCCAGGGCCCUGUAUAUGGAUUCAUUUUCCUGUUCAAAUGGAUCGAAGAGCGUCGGUCCCGUCGCAAGGUCUCUACCUUGGUGGAUGAUACGUCCGUGAUUGAUGAUGAUAUUGUGAAUAACAUGUUCUUUGCCCAUCAGCUGAUCCCCAACUCUUGUGCCACUCAUGCCUUGCUGAGUGUGCUCCUGAACUGCAGCAACGUGGACCUGGGACCCACCCUGAGUCGCAUGAAGGACUUCACCAAAGGCUUCAGUCCUGAGAGCAAAGGAUAUGCAAUUGGCAAUGCCCCGGAGUUGGCCAAGGCACACAAUAGCCAUGCCAGGCCUGAGCCACGCCACCUCCCCGAGAAGCAGAACGGCCUUAGUGCAGUGCGGACCAUGGAGGCAUUCCACUUUGUCAGCUAUGUGCCUAUCACAGGCCGGCUCUUUGAGCUGGAUGGGCUGAAGGUCUACCCCAUUGACCAUGGGCCCUGGGGGGAGGAUGAGGAGUGGACAGACAAAGCCCGGCGGGUCAUCAUGGAGCGUAUUGGCCUCGCUACUGCAGGGGAGCCCUACCACGACAUCCGCUUCAACCUGAUGGCAGUGGUGCCCGACCGCAGGAUCAAGUAUGAGGCUAGGCUGCACGUGCUGAAGGUGAACCGUCAGACAGUACUGGAGGCCCUGCAGCAGCUGAUUAGGGUAACACAGCCAGAGCUGAUUCAGACCCACAAGUCUCAAGAGUCACAGCUGCCUGAGGAGUCCAAGCCAGCCAGCGGCAAGUCCCCCUUGGUGCUGGAGUCAAGCAGGGCCCCAGCAGCUUCUGAGGCCACCCACACAGAUGGCGUGGAGGAGGUGACUGGUUCAUGCCCACAAGCCACAACCCACAGCCCUCCCAGCAAACCUAAAUUGGUGGUGAAGCCUCAAGGGAGCAGCCUCAAUGGGGUUCCCCCCACCCCCACGCCCAUUGUCCAGCGGCUGCCAGCUUUUCUAGACAAUCACAACUAUGCCAAGUCCCCCAUGCAGGAGGAGGAGGACCUGGCAGCAGGUGUGGGCCGCAGCCGAGUUCCAGUCCGCCCACCCCAGCAGUAUUCAGAUGACGAGGAUGACUAUGAGGAUGACGAGGAGGAUGACAUGCAGAACACCAACUCUGCCAUUAGAUACAGGCGGAAGGGGACAGGGAAGCCAGGGCCGUUGAGCAGUUCUGCGGAUGGGCAGCUGUCAGUGCUGCAGCCCAACACAAUCAACGUCUUGGCUGAGAAGCUCAAAGAGUCCCAGAAGGACCUUUCAAUUCCUCUGUCCAUCAAGACUAGCAGCGGGGCUGGGAGUCCAGCUGUGGCAGUGCCCACACACUCCCAGCCCUCGCCCACUCCCAGCAAUGAGAGCACAGACACAGCCUCUGAGAUUGGCAGCGCUUUCAACUCCCCACUGCGCUCGCCCAUCCGCUCGGCCAACCCCACACGGCCCUCCAGCCCUGUCACCUCCCACAUCUCCAAGGUGCUUUUUGGAGAGGAUGACAGCCUGCUGCGUGUUGACUGCAUACGCUACAACCGUGCUGUCCGCGACCUGGGUCCUGUCAUCAGCACAGGCCUGCUGCAUCUGGCUGAGGACGGUGUACUGAGUCCCCUGGCACUGACAGAGGGUGGAAAAGGUUCCUCACCCUCCAACAGACUGAGCCAAGGCAACCAGGAGUCCAGCAGCCCAGAGGAGAAGGAGGUGGUAGAAGCCACAGAUAACAGAGAGAAGACUGGGCUGGUCAGGUCUGGGCUGGGCGAGCCCUUGAGUGGGGAGAAGUAUUCACCGAAGGAGCUGCUGGCACUGCUGAAGUGUGUAGAGGCUGAGAUUGCAAACUAUGAGGCCUGCCUCAAGGAAGAGGUGGAGAAGAGGAAGAAGUUCAAGAUUGAUGACCAGAGAAGGACCCACAACUAUGACGAGUUUAUCUGCACCUUCAUCUCCAUGCUGGCUCAGGAAGGCAUGCUGGCCAACCUGGUGGAGCAGAACAUCUCAGUGCGGCGGCGCCAAGGGGUCAGCAUUGGCCGGCUCCACAAGCAGCGGAAGCCUGACCGGCGGAAACGCUCUCGCCCCUACAAGGCCAAGCGCCAGUGAGGACUGCUGGCCCUGAUGCUGCAGCCCACUCUUGCCGCAUAGACCUCACAAGGGUCCCUCUCCCUGCCUUGAGCCCUUUUCCCAGUAUUACUGAAUAGUUCCAGCC